UUUUGCUCAUAAGUCAAAUAAAACAUGAUUUAAUCUAUUAGUUGGUAAUGUAGCUAGUGUUGCAUUUAUUGACUAGCAAAUAAUGAUUGUUACCCGGCGAUGUGAAUGUGUGUUGUGCUUCAUUCUUUAAUAAUGCAACGCCUUUAAAAGACGGUCAGCCGAGUUCGUUUGAGAACUCAGUUCGAGCUCAUAAUGAUUGCUCCAGAUAGCAGUAACGUUUCGAUUGAGAAACAAGCUAGGUUGCAUUUAAAAAUUUUUCUGGCCCAACGCUCUGAUAUAUUGGAACUCACACAAAGUGCUAUCUACCUGCUAAAAGCGGUGCCAGCGUCCCGACCAGCCGUUCUUGAACAUCUCGAACAGGUGUUUGAAAGUGCGGUUGAGAAAAGCCAAGCCCAAGAUGGACCUACCCAAGGCAAUUUAUCCACGAACGCGUCGUCACAAAUGGCGGUAGUUAUUCGGCAGGUUCAUCAGGCUUUAUACUCGCUAGUAAAGACCUCUCCAGCGGUUUGGGCACAGCUGGUUUCCCCUUGGUCGCUCCAGUUACUUGGGCACCUCUCUUCAAAGUUCGCAGAUCGGCGAUCCGGUUUAAAAUUGGCCGAAGUCAUGCAACGGUGGAUGUCAUGCCCUCCAAUGCGUUCUCUCAUUGAUAUCACGUCGCAAUGCGUAUUGAACGCCGCGGAUCUCGACACCGACCGCUGUAUUAACGCUCUACUGGAUACAACGAUUCGCUAUUCACCACAUUUUGAUUGGGUUGUAGCGCAUAUUGGCUCAUCGUUCCCGCACACGGUGAUAACCAGAGUACUUACCGUUGGCCUCAAACAUUUCCUUACCCAGGAGCCGGGAGUUGUGGACAGUAAUAAACUCGUAUCUGUGGUUGGAAUCUUGGGUCAUCUAGCUGGUCAGCACUCGGGCGACAUUAAAAAAGCGUUAGCUGACAUGCUUAGUGGUAGCUUAUGCGACAAACCAACAUCAGAACAACUUGUAGUCAUUCCAUAUCUUCUUGAUCUGAGCAUCAUGUCUGAACUUUUGCUUACCUCUGUGGUGAGUGACUUGCCGCUGAUUAUGACUGCAACGAACCUCAACAGAUUAGUAGAACACACAAGGCUUCGAACGAUGAAUAAGACUCCUGGUAUGCAUAACGCUCAAAAGGUUUUCGUAGACCUAUUCUUGAAGUGUGGUCGAAACGAGCACGAAGCCCUUGCCCUUCUAUCGCUCGCACUACGAAUUAAACAAAAAAAAGUCGCUGAGGUUCGAGAAGAAGUUAUCGCUUAUACGACUUCGUUUCUGGAUCGACUUCUUAUCGAACUGCAAAAGCGUGUUUAUUCUAAAGCGUCGGUACCGCUCCUAGUGUCGUUUGAACUACGCGCCAAAGAACUUUUAAGUCAACUUGAUCUUACCUGUCCAUGGACUAUCAGUUUUAUUUCACUCACAUGCCUGCACUCUUCGGAGAAAAUGCGAUUUCUUGUUGAAAUGCUCAUCACCAAAACAGAUCCACCAAUCUUUCUUCAAAUCAUAUCGCACAUUGAGACUAGUCAGCCAACCGUGCUAAUCGACUCACUCAACGCACUGAUAGUUGAACUUCGUUCAGGGCGAGUUUCUGAUCCGAUCCUAGUCUUACGCAACCUAAGGAAGCUGGUUGUCAUUGAGGAGCGGGCUAAGAAGAUCCUGUGGAAGUUCGCCGAUACUCUAUCGUUACACUCGAGCGACUGCAAUCUCGAAUAUACGGCUGAGAUCGUCAGUUUACUAGGAGUGUGCAGUUUACCCUCAGAGGAAAUCCCCGAGUCUACUCUCUACAAGAUCAUAUGCGCCGCCGUGGUGGUCCUGUUUGCAGCGGCAAGAAUAUCGGACAAAGAUCAACAUGAGAAAAAAAUUCAAUGGAUGAUUUCGUCCUUAAAGCUCUUUUCAGCUACAAGUAGCAACGCCCUCGCUCAACAGAUGGCGCUCCGCCUUCUGCUAGAUGGGGUAACGGAUUCAAAUACAUGUAGACUAUUUGGUGCGAUUCCGCGAGACGCUGACCGCGUACUAAAGCCGCAUACGAUGACUUCAUUACUCGAAGAAAAUCGAAAAAUCGUUGCGUCAAUCAACUUUCCGCAGAGUCACAGUUCUAUCAUGAGAGCAGGUGUUGUCGGAGACGGUCUACGAGCGAAACAGUUUUCUAUAGGCCAAGUGCUGGCGGAUUAUCUGAUUCGGGAGAACCAGAAAUGCUUUAUUCGGGCUCUGAAAGAAUGCUGCGCGGCCGAUAAAAGUCACCAAGGCAUGAUUAGCAUCGCCACGAUUCUUUGUGACAUCGUCAACCCCGACGUGAUGUUCAACCAUCCGGUGUGGCCUACGGAAGACGUGCUGAAGGCCACCCAGGAAAAAGAUGUUGAUAUCCGAGAGAGUUUUCGAGCCAAUCCUAUGCUUUGGCAGAUCCUUACGUUGGUCGCCAAUGAAGAUCCACCCGCAUUGAAUUCGGCCGCCGUAAUCAUCCGUUCACUAUUGGGUUGUCAAAUGACCUUCUGGAAAAACUCGCAAGAUUCAUAUAUGUGUCCUGAACAGAAGGACAUGACUGUCAAGGUACUCAAACUUAUGGGUUUGGGCAAGAUGCUCCCAAGUCCGUUGGCGGAAGUUCCUCUGAUCGUUGAUCACAUUAACUCAUUCCAUCUAUACUGUAUCCUCAACGAUAUAUGGAACUAUAUGCGAGAAGUUGGUGGCACCCUUAUGGAAGAGGAGCCCGUACCUGCUCGAUUUACCAAUAAUCUUCGUAUUAUAAUGUUAAAUCAAAUGGACAGGGUUGGAGCCGCGUACGCGAAAAUGUUUCCUGUAAACUAAAUUAUGAUGAGAAUAUUUUCAUGCAAUUUUUCAAACUAGUGAUCAUUAAAGCACAAGAAACACAGAGGACAGGUAAGUACACGGUUGUGAUCUGCUAGGAGAUCAUAUCCUCUUAGUGAAACCAUCAUGCCGUAAGGAAGUUGUAUGUUUAUAGAAUUUAAUGUAAAUAAAUCUCAAUUUGAAGACUGCGCGAAACUGUGUACGGAAACUGUAUGAACAGCAAUAGCCAACGCUUUUCAUCUUUGAGAAUUGAGAAAUAAUGGCAUCUUGGCAGGGCAGAAAAUUAUUGCAUAUGUUCUGUGUAUGGCUUGCCAAAAAAGUUAUGGCAAUUAUCGCAAAUGGUUUGCGUUUUUUACUCCGUCGUCCUGAAAACCUCAAUCCGGCGUCCUUUCCCUACGCCACAAUCACCGCAACAAUCACAAAAAAAAUUGGAGGCAGACUCAAUCCGAGAUUCUGCAGGUUCUGUUGACUCUGUGAUUGAUUCUACAAUAGACUGAAUUGAUACAAGGGCCAUGUCUCCUAGGUGACUGAUUCUGUUGACUGCGUGAUUAAUUCUACAAUAGAUUGAAUUGAUACAAGGGCCAUGUCUCCUAG